AAAUUACCAGUUUUUAUUUUGAAUAUAUAUCCCGCCGUCACCAUCGCCAUCGCCAUCGCCGUUGUCGUCCACUCAUGGCCGCGACUUGACAGUUGACUGACAGAGAUAAGAAAUGGGAACUGAAUCUGAUGUUGAGCAAAGAAGCUACUGGAGAUUCAGCAAGCAAGACUUCUUCCCGGAGAAAUCUUUCGAGAAUUUGAGCACCUAUACCUCCGCCCUGUCUCAGACCAGGCUCCGGCUGAAGGACCGCCUCCUCAGCCGCUCCGAUGAAGCAACAGAGCUCGUCUACCUCCGCAGACAGAGCGAGCACAGCAUGAAGCGCCAGCUCAACUGGUGGGACCUCAUCUGGUUCGGGUUUGGCGCUGUCAUCGGCACCGGCAUCUUCGUCCUCACCGGCCAAGAAGCUCACGACCACGCGGGCCCCGCCAUCGUCUUGUCGUACGUCGCUUCCGGCCUCUCAGCCAUGCUCUCUGUCUUCUGCUACACCGAAUUCGCAAUCGAGAUCCCUGUCGCUGGAGGGUCUUUCGCUUACCUCCGCGUCGAACUCGGCGAUCUCGCGGCCUUCAUCGCAGCCGGAAACAUUCUCCUCGAAUCCAUCAUCGGAGGAGCCGCGGUCGCCCGAGGCUGGACGUCCUACUUCACCACGCUCCUCGACCGCCACCCGAACUCGCUGCGCAUCCACACCAACCUCGCCCACGGCUUCGACCUACUCGACCCGCUGGCCGCGGGAAUCCUCAUCCUCGCAGCCACGAUUGCGAUCACGAGCGCGAAAAAGACCUCGUACCUCAACUGGAUCGCGUCGGCCGUGAACACGGCCGUGAUCAUAUUCGUGAUAGUUGCGGGAUUCGCUCACGCGGACGCCUCCAACCUCAAGCCUUUCGUCCCCUACGAGGCCACCGGGGUCUUCCAGGCCGCCGCCAUCGUCUACUUCGCCUACGGAGGAUUCGACAACAUCGCCACCAUGGCCGAGGAGACCAAGAACCCGCAGCGAGACAUCCCCAUCGGGCUCCUCGGGUCGAUGUCGCUGAUCACCAUCAUCUACUGCCUAAUGGCGCUUUCAUUAGUCAUGAUGCAGAAUUACACCGAGUUAGACACCAAUGCUGCUUACUCCAUAGCCUUCCAGAGCGUCGGGAUGAAAUGGGCCAAAUAUCUCGUCGAUUUAGGCGCCCUCAAGGGGAUGACUACGGUCCUCCUUGUCGGGGCCCUCGGGCAGGCUCGCUACACCACCCACAUAGCCCGGUCCCACAUGAUCCCGCCCUUCUUCGCGCUCGUCCACCCCAAGACCGGGACUCCAAUAUACGCGACGCUCCUCGUCACCAUCCCGAGCGCCGUGGUCGCCCUGUUCUCGAGCCUCGACGUCCUGGCCAGCCUCCUUUCUGUCAGCACUCUGUUUAUUUUCAUGAUGAUGGCGGUGGCGCUGCUGGUGCGGCGCUACUACAUGCCCGGGGUGACUUCCCGGGCGAAUGCGGCUAGAUUGGCAGCGUUGGUGCUGCUGAUCAUAGCUGCCUCAAUGGGGACCUCUGCCUACUGGGGUUUAAAACAGGGCAGGGAGUGGGUGGGGUAUGCGGUGACGGUCCCGGUGUGGUUGGCGGCCACGCUGGGGAUUGCGGUGAUGCUGCCGCAGGAGAGGACGCCGAAGGUGUGGGGAGUGCCGAUGGUGCCGUGGCUGCCGUCGCUGUCGAUCGCGAUGAACGUGUUUCUGAUGGGGUCGUUGAGCGGCGCGACGUUUGUGAGGUUCGGCGUGUGCACGGCGAUCAUGCUCUUGUAUUACGUCUUGUUCGGUGUUCAUGCGACCUACGACAUGGCGCAGCAGAUCAAGGUGGAAACGGCCAAGAUCGAGGACGAAGCCGAGGAAGUGAAACCUUCUCCUUAAAUUGGCUGACUAGACGUUUCUCCUCCCACCAAUAGGUCAAGUAUAAUCAAAUGAAAAAAAAAAAAAAAUUAUAAUCAAAUGAUAGAUAAGGAAUCAUUGUUGCUCCUUUUGUAUAUUAAGAAACUACUCCUUCAAUUUAGUUUUCAUCGUGAACUGACGUCAUUGGUUACUUACUUCAAAAAGGUACAAAUAUCUAUGUUUGAUAUUUUUAGAUA